ACCCGGCUGACAGUAGCAGCUGGGAGCUUGCAAUACCUGGGAGCUGAAUCGCAGCGAACUUGCAGUACCUCGGAACCAACUCUCAGUGAACUUGGCAGUGCCUGCUGGUGACACAAAGCUACAGCCUGAAGCCAUGGGAGGGGACCUAAUAGUGAAGAUGCUGGGAGAGGAGUUUCUGGUACCCCUGAGGGACGACAUGACCUUGUUAGGAUUGAAGCAGCAAAUCACUCAGAAGAUCAGAGUGCCUGCCUUCCAGCAGCACCUGGCCCACCCAGAUGGUACUGUGCUGCAGGAGAGAGGCUCUCUCAUCAGCCAGGGCUUGGGUCCUGGCAGCACCGUCCUGCUGAUGGUGAAGAACUGCAGUGAGCCCUUGAGCAUCCUGGUGAGGAAUGACAAGGGCUGUAGCAGGAUCUAUGAGGUCCAGCUGACGCAGAGUGUGGCACAACUCAAGCAGCAAGUGUGCAAACAAGAGGGAGCACGGGAAGAUCUGUGCUGGCUGAGCUUUGAGGGGAAGCCCAUGGAGGACCAGCGCCUGUUGGGAGAGUAUGGCCUCAAGCCCCAGUGCACCGUGUACAUGAACUUGCGUCUGCGGGGAGGUGCAGCAGGGCCUGGAGGGAUCCAGCACUGGUAAUAAAAGAAUGCAAAGAGAAA